CACCGAAACCGAGUCUAAUCCUGUCCUUGUAGUGUGUCCGGACAUCUGUAUUUCUAAUAGGUGUCAGUGACCCGCAGCAAAACGCAGAACCUACUCUUUCUGGCAAACCUUGUGAAGCACUGUUGGUAUUAAAAUGAAGUUCCCUGCUCAAAGACUGUACUCAUUGUCACGAACAAUUCAUCACCUGAAUACACCAUGCAUUAAUUCUCGCAAGCUACACUGGAAUUCUGCAGCUCGGCCAUACUCCACCUUCAAGAGGUUUUCACUGAGGGCAGCCAAGCCACUUCCUUUGAAAGUUGAAUACUAUCCCUAUAGAAGUUUCAUUCUAGCUAGAUUGGCAACCCGACUGUUAAAAAUUCGCUAUCUUGUACUGGGAUCAGCAGUAGGUGGUGGUUAUACAGCAAAGAAGACAUAUGACCAAUGGAAAGAAAUGAUGCCAGAUCUAACAGCGUACAAAUGGAUAAUUCCAGAUUUUAUCUGGGACCUCGAUGAACAUAUAAACUUUGAAAAAUUUAAGGAAAUAUUCUCUGAUGCGGAACUUGCUAAGUUACUACCUGAUUUUGAUAAGGUUGGAGAAAGCCUUAAUCAGCUGAAAAGUCUGCUAUCUCCAGGUGAAAAUUUAUAUAAUGAAGUCAAAGGAGUCUAUGAUCUGCUUCUGUUAGAUUCUGCUGAAGGUUCUACUACUAUGAAAGCAUCAGAUACUCAAGGGUUUGACAGCAAUGGGAAACAGUAUAAGAAGGGUGUGCUUGGGGAGCUCAUUCUAAUCCAGCAGCAAAUCCAGGAGCAUGAAGAAGCAGCACGCAGGGUCGCCGAACAGUUAAGCUCUGGCUCCUCUCAACAGAAACGAAAGGUUUCGGACAAGGACAAAGCUGAACAGUUGCAAGAAGAACUUCUCCGCACACAGUUGAAAUAUCAACGAAUUCUUGAACGUCUAGAGAAAGAAAACAAAGAACUGCGAAAACAGGCUCUCCAGAAAGAUGACAAAGGCAUUCACCUAAGGAAGAUGAAGAAGUCUCUGAUUGACUUGUAUUCCGAAGUAUUGGACAUUCUGUCAGACUAUGAUUCCAACUAUAACACCCAGGACCAUCUCCCAAGGGUAGUUGUAGUUGGAGACCAAAGUGCUGGAAAGACCAGUGUUCUGGAAAUGAUUGCUCAAGCUAGGAUAUUUCCUCGAGGAUCUGGUGAAAUGAUGACCCGUGCACCCGUUAAGGUAACAUUGAGUGAAGGACCUCAUCAUGUGGCGGUGUUUAAAGACAGCUCACGAGAAUUUGACCUGACCAAAGAUGAGGAUCUAGCAGCAUUGCGCAAUGAAAUUGAAAUAAGAAUGAGAAAUAGUUUAAAGGAAGGGCAAACUGUCAGUCCUGAGACCAUCUCAUUAAGUGUGAAGGGUCCCGGUCUGCAACGAAUGGUACUAGUUGAUCUUCCUGGCGUUAUUAGUACUGUGACAUCGGGAAUGGCUGCUGACACCAAGGAUACAAUUUUUAGCAUAAGCAAGGCUUACAUGCAGAAUCCAAAUGCUAUUAUCCUUUGCAUCCAAGAUGGUUCUGUAGAUGCUGAACGCAGCAUUGUCACUGACCUGGUUAGCCAAAUGGACCCCCAAGGCAGAAGAACUAUCUUUGUGUUGACUAAAGUGGAUCUAGCAGAGAAAAACCUGGCUAGUCCCAGUAGGAUUCAGCAGAUUGUGGAAGGCAAGUUGUUCCCAAUGAAGGCUCUGGGUUACUUUGCAGUAGUUACUGGCAGAGGGAACACCAAUGAAGGUAUUGAUUCCAUAAAGGACUAUGAAGGAGAUUUCUUUCAGAAUUCAAAAUUAUUGAAGACGGGGAUGCUAAAAGCACAUCAAGUGACGACUAAGAACCUGAGCUUAGCGGUAUCUGACUGUUUCUGGAAAAUGGUGCGUGAGUCUGUGGAACAGCAGGCUGAUGCAUUUAAAGCUACUCGAUUUAACCUUGAAACUGAAUGGAAGAACAACUAUCCUCGGCUGAGGGAACUAGACAGGAACGAACUGUAUGAAAAAGCGAAGAAUGAGAUUCUGGACGAAGUGAUCAGCUUAAGUCAGGUUACUCCGAAACACUGGGAAGAGAUUCUACAACGGAAGCUGUGGGAAAGAGUCUCGACACAUGUGCUAGAGAACAUUUACCUUCCUGCUGCUCAGUCUGAGAAUUCGGGCACAUUCAAUACUACAGUAGACAUCAAACUCAAACAGUGGACUGACAAGCAACUACCUCACAAAGCAGUAGAGGUUGCUUGGGAAACGUUGGAGGAUGAGUUUGCUCGUUUUAUGUCGGAACACAAGGGGAAGGACCAUGAUGAUAUCUUUGAUAAACUAAAACAAGCUGUUAAAGAUGAAAGUAUAAAACGACACAAAUGGAAUGAGCAGGCUGAAGACAGUCUGCGAGUCAUCCAGCACAACGCUUUAGAGGAUCGUUCUAUAUCUGACAAACAGCAGUGGGAUGCAGCAAUCCAUUUCCUGGAAGAAACAUUGCAAGCCCGUCUUCGAGACACUGAGUCUAUAAUUCGUGAUAUGGUGGGACCAAAUUGGCAAGAAAGGUGGUUCUACUGGAAAUCACAAUCUAAGGAACAGCACAUCAGAAGUGAAACCAAAAGUGAGUUGGAGCGGCUAUUAAAGAUUAACGAAGAUCACACAGCUUAUCUUGCCAAUGAUGAAGUCACGACAGUUCGUAAAAAUCUGGAAGCCAAAAGUGUAGAUGUGGAUACCAUUCUGAUCAAAGAUACUUGGCAUCAAGUUUACCGAAAACACUUCUUGAAGAAGUCAUUACAUCAUUGUAAUCUUUGUAGAAGAGGUUUCCACUAUUACCAAAGGCAUUUUGUUGACUCUGAGCUGGAUUGCAAUAAUGUUAUCCUGUUCUGGCGUAUUCAACGAAUGCUAGCUAUUACAGCCAACACACUCCGCCAACAGUUAACAAAUACUGAAGUGAGACGUCUUGAAAAGAAUGUAAAGGAAGUAUUGGAGGACUUUGCUGAAGAUGAUGCGAAAAAAGUUCAGCUACUAACAGGAAGGAGAGUUCAACUAGCAGAAGACCUCAAAAGAGUUCGUGAGAUUCAAGAAAAGUUAGAAGCAUUCAUUGAAGCUCUACAUCAAGAAAAAUAGCAAUGUCUUUUUCAGCCCCUGACAUGGAGCUUUGUGUCAUGAGAUGUUGCUUGAAUCAGGAACCACUAUCUGAAGGGCUACAGAGAGACUCAAAAGUACGAGUAAACACACCUCUGAAGACAUCACUUCACAAAUUGUGUAUAUUAAAACUGGAAGCACAUUUAGGUUCUCCAUAUAUUCUACUUUCUGAGUGGAGAAUUCAUGAGCAAUGUUUUACUUGCAUUUUUAUAACAACUCUGAUUACAAAAGCUUCAGCUUAUCACGUUUUCUAUUGUAACAUGCAGUGUCCUGAAACACAUUAAAAUGUUGAUUGUUUAAGUGCCCAAAAGAAGAUUAAGCACUGCUGUGUAUGUGAGAGCUGAUGAACUGUUUUUGUCAAAUGUAACAUUUUUUGUGCAAAUAUUUUAAUUGUUUCUCUCAUAUCCAGCUCAAUAAGAAAUAACGAAUAGCUGUCUAAAAUUGCAUUCAUUGGGAAUGAUAUAGUCUACUUCUGUCAUCUACUUCAAAGGUGCACUGGCUUGCAUUUAUUCAUUCAGAAGAAAAAAACUGCAUCUCUGUAAUUCUCAGGAGAGAAAUAAAAUGCAAAAUUAAAGUUUGUGUCAGAAAAAUUUUGUCUGGAGUAAAAUGAAAGUCAUAUCCAGUGUGGUUUCCAUUUGGAUCCUUCGAUAUUGGUUCUGUAGUUGUGCAGUAGAAUCCUCAGAAUUUAUGCGAAUGCUUAUAUAAAUGAAAAAAGAUUAUCAUAGUUUGUGAAUUUUCUUUGCAAGUGUCCAGGUCAUGCUUAAUGUAAUUAGUGAGGAGUCAUGUAUUUAUUGAA